AUCGCGAGAACCACGCACCGACGUAAUGGUGUGUUUUUUUGUUGUUUUUUAAAGCUAGUGUACUUCAAUUAUAGUACCGUUUAUAUAACAAUAUGUUUGAAUAAUGAUCGAUGUCUGAACUUGAUAGUAUUUAUUUCAUUUGAAAAGCCGGAUACUAACAACGUACUGAUGAGUAGAGACUAAUGUUAAUGUUAAUGUUGCUAACCGCUACCAAGCUUAACGUUUACACUACCAUCCAUCCAUUUAUUACCGCUUGUCCCUUUUAGGAAUAAAAGGUAACAUGUAUUUAGUUGAGACUUCAAAGAGCAGAGUACAUAAUGCCAAACGUAGGUUUUAACUGUACAUCGACUAACAGGACGGUGAACUCAUUGCAGCAUUUUGUUUACACAGUGAAACACGAUGAGAAACAGACGUACCUUCCGAGCGGGGUUUCGUCUUCAACAACCUCGCUCCGUAUACCCGGUACGUUUUUCUGAAUCGUCUACGUGGAAGGAGCUAGAAAAAGACGAAGAACCUUUCUAUGAGGCAUCCAUGUUACUGCAAAUUGUUCACUGGAGUGCCGCCGCCAAAAGCUAGUCCGUGACGUCUUACUAGCCGCGAAUUCCGAGGGCAUUGAAUGCAGCAUAGUAAAACGUAUCCGUGUGCGUUAAAACAUAUAUUUAUAUAUCAAUGGUAGUGCUUCAUUGAUCCGUGUGAAAGUUAAAAACUGAUCUAAAUUACAACUAAGGAAUUACUAUACAAUUUAUUAGUCUAAUAAAUGUCGAAAAACUUGGGAAAAAAUAGAUGUGACGUCAUCAAAUAAAGUAAUGCUAUUGGUUUGCAUCACUCCCGUGGGCGGGUAACGGAAGUGGACUUCUAAUAUAACAAGUGCAGUACUACAAAGUAAUAUUGGACUCCGAAUAUUGUCAGGAAUCCAGGUAUGUCACGAUUUUUUUUACAUGAAUAAAUUUUAAUGUCUAAGGAAUUACUGUACCAUUCAUUAGUCUAAUAAAUGAGGAAAAGCUUGAGGGGAAAAAAAAUAGCUGGUGACGUCACCAAGUAGUGGGCGGGCCUUAUGAGCGGUAACGGAAGUAGCAAUGCAGUGACUGCACUUCGGACUUCUAAUAUAACAAGUGCAGUACAGUAUUACAAAGUGGACUCCGAAUAUUGUCAGGAAUGCAGUAGGCGGGCCUAAUGAGCAGAAACGGAAGUGGUAAUCCAGCGACUGCACUUUGGACUUCUAACUAAAUUCAGUAUUGCAAAGUAAUAUUGGACUCCGAAUAUUGUCAGGAAUUCAGUUGUAGUAGUGUCACCAUGGCAACUGAGGGGGACCCCUCAGACUUGGUGAAAGUGUUCCACCUCCUGGUGCUCUCCCUCACCUGGGGCAUGCAGGUCUGGGUCUCCUUCAUUGCAGGUUUUGCGUUGGUGUGGCAGGUGACUCGGCACACCUUUGGUCUGGUGCAGAGUAAACUCAUCCCGGUUUAUUUCCAUUGCCUGCUGGGAAGCCACUUGAUCAGUCUGGCUAUUUAUGCUGUGUAUCAUCCAAGAGAGCUGUUGGACACACAUGAAACCGUCCAGAUGGCUCUAUAUAUUGUGGCUCUGAUCACGGCGGGUGUCAACGCCUGGUGGUUUGGCCCGGCAGCCUCCGAGGUCAUGUUGCAGAUGUGGGAAGUGGAGAAGGAGCACGGCCUCGGUAACCAGGUGGGCCUGGGCAGCCAGAAGGAAGGUUACGCCAAGCUGAAAGAGCAGGACCCCAAGUACAGAGCCUGCAGGAAAACUUUUGGCCGCUACCACGGCUUGUCCAGCCUCUGCAACCUGAUGGGAGUCAUGUGCGUCACAACUAAUCUGAUCUAUACGGCUUUGAAUCUAACCACCAUUUAGACAAGGUGAGGGGUCUUCAGUAUACAGUAGUACCUCAACUUUUGAGCUUUUAUUGGUUCUGUGACGGCGCUCUGAUCUCAAAACACUUGUAUCUCCAUUUAAACAAAUUUAUAUCACUUUAAUUGGUAAUUAUUGUCCAGGGUGUACCCUGCCUUCCGCCCGAUUGUAGCUGAGAUAGGCGCCAGCGCCCCCCGCAACCCCGAAAGGGGAUAAGCGGUAGGAAAUGGAUGGAUGGAUGGAUGCAGGGAUUCUUAACCUUUUUGACAUCAGGGCCCAACUUUUCCACUACAUAGGGGCACAGAGCCCACUCCAGUAUUAACGCGGAAUUAGCAAUUUUUUUUUACGUCCAGCGUCAGACAUUCCUAUCCAUUACAUCAUAUUUGCAUACAUCAUAUAUCUAUUGCAGUGGUCCCCAACGUUUUUGUAUCCGCAGACCGGUCAACGCUUAAUAAUUUGUCCCGCGGGCCGGGGGG